GCGAAGGCUGCGGGUGAUGUGCGGCUUCCAUGCGUAGCCGGCGACGCUCGAGACACGGUGCCGCUCCCCACCGUUCAGAACUCGGAACCUGAUCGCAUGGCGCAUCGCAUGGCGUGCAUUACUCGACAUGUGACUGCCUGUGCCACUCCACCGCUCAUGGCCAAUGCUGUGGCAGCAGGGCCAGGGCUUCCCUUUGAUGAGGUGAUUGGCAUUUGUGCGAAGUACUUGAAGCACUCCCACACUGACUCCCACGCACUAGCAGUGAUGUCUGCGAUCAAAUCACAUUUGUAAACUGCCAAAUCGGAUUAUGAGAUGGAGCUUUUGGUGAUGUUUGUGGGGUCGUUCAGUGCUGGUAAGUCUUCUUUGAUCAACUCCAUUACUGGGAAGACUGAUCAAUGCCGGGUAGGCAUCGCACCCACUACGGAUGAUCUCACGUAUAUUCCAUGGAAGGGAAUCUCUUUGGUGGAUUCGCCGGGUUUGGAUGCCGUUGCGAAGAAGGGGCACAAAGAGAAGUCAUUGGAAGCUGCACGCCGUGCCAAUGUGGCCGUCGUUGUGAUCAAUGCCCGCCACGCUCUUGGGGAAAGCGAGAGGCCGAUUUUGUGCGAGUUGCUGGCCUCCAAACCGGAAGUGCUGGUGGCCCUGAAUUACUGGAACUAUGUGGAGAAGGAGAAGGAUCAAGAGGAUUGCCUGGCAUAUGUGAAGGAUGUGUUUCAGAGCCUCAUGCCUGAUGUGUCCCCGGUGAUUAUCCCUUUGAAUGCUACCAAUGGGCGUGACGAAGCUCUUAACAUGUUGAUGGGGUCAAUAAACUGCGGGAUUGCUUGGAACACAGCAUUCUUCAGGAGAGGUCGGGUGUGCAACAGCCAAAACUCAAGUCCGCCAAAGCAGCGAUACAGCGGGGUGCGGGAGAUGCAAAGGCGGCAUUGGAGAGGCAGCUUGAUGAGAUCAACAGGAAGUACCAAGUGGAGGAAAAGGGACUUCAGCAGAAGAUUGAGAAUGUGGAGGAGAAUGUCAAGAAGUGGAUGCAGGUCUUCGAGCGUAAGGCUGGGGUGACGAUACCCCAUAUGCUCCCAGGCUUAGCCAUUGGUGCUUCAAUGGGUCCUUUGGGUCUUCUUCUUGGUGGCCUUCUAGGGGGUCUUCUUGCUGGUCUUGGUCAGCUUCUUAGCCAAGGAGACAGGGAUGAACUUCAACGUGAACUUCGAAAAGAAUUGGAAAGGGCCCACCAGAUGAGACACGCACAAGAGCAAGCAAAACAGCAUCAUGAAGACAAGAUCACAGGUCUAAAAAAGGACAUGCGUCGCCUCGAGGACAUUCUCCGCACAGUAGUUUGACCCUGCUUCCACCGGCGUUUUCGGCGGCGAGGGAGUGGGCUGGUAGCCCCUCCCAGCUGUUUGCAGCUGCCAUGUAGCGGAUUUGGCCGUGCCCAUGGCUUGGGCACCUUAUAUAAUCGGAGAAGUCCAUGCCAGCCCUCCGAACUGGCUUGACCUCGG